GGUGACUCGUGAUGGUUGUGAGUUUUCACAUAUAUUUGGCUGUCGCCAAUUGUCGUGGACAAGAGAGUGUGGUAUUAUUUCUGAACUAGAAAUAUACCGCGCGCCGAGACCAGGCCGCAUAUCUACUACAAACAUGCCCAUCACACCUCUCAAGGCCUUGCGCGUCUCUAAGCAUCAGAUCCCAGCUUACAAUGGCAUUCCCAACACCUCCGUUCAAGGCAAACCCCUAAUGAUAUACCACUCCGCUUUCACAAAGUCGUCCGCAUCCAACAUAAAGACCCAUCUCAAAGCUGUCGGUGUUGUGUGUCCACAAUGGGAAUACACUAUGUUCACUGAGACUCAUUUCCAUUCAACCACUCACGAAGUACUCAGUAUCGCGUCCGGUUCGGCCAAAUGCUGUUUUGGAGGUGAGAAGAAUGAAGGUAGGGUGGAGCCUGUGCUGGAAGAAGGUGAUGUUGUGAUUGUUCCAGCUGGUGUCGGUCAUCGUUUGCUCGAAGAUUAUGGUGGUUUCAACAUGGUUGGCUCGUACCCAACGGGGAAGAGCUGGGAUAUGUGUUAUGGUCGUGCUGGUGAAGAGUCCAAGGUCAAAGCUAUCGAAGAUUUGGGUUGGUUCAGACAAGACCCUAUCUACGGCGAUGAUGGUCCAAGUCUGGACGUGUAGACCAAGCAACAUUUGCUUGGAUGAGGAAGCAGCAAGCCUGCCAUUCAAAGUCGGGGCUUUGCAUCAUCAUCAGCCAUGCCCGUAAGG